AUGAGCUCUUCACCAACCCCCGACCUAGAGCACAUCCCCAACCACAACUCCCACGUUCUUGAGCACUGCGAAAGCCAAUGCUUCGAACUCAUGUCGGACGUCUGCGACCUGCAGAACAAUCUCCGCAUCGCCAGGGCCCUCCUGUUCAUGCUACAGUGGCGGAACGUAAUGAAGCAGCUUCUGGCACGGCGCCCUGCAGUUCCGGACAUACCACAUGUGAUGAAGUUGGAUGAGAAGCUAGUGAUAGACUGGGAGAAUGAGCUGAAGAGGAAGAUUGCGGAGGGGUGGAGACGGAUUGAUGAGAAUGAUCGCUUGUGGGAUUCGGAGCUUGUCGCCGCUUUCGGAAGGUGA